AUGCCGCCGCCGGAUACACACGAGACGGAAGUGAACUUGACACCAGUUUGGGACUACGUCACCGGCGACCGUAGGCCAGUUCUGAACGAGUACAUCCAGCGCAUUGAUGCGAACGAGACAACUGUGCAGCCUAUUACUGUGCAGGCGUACAUCGACGAUAUAUACACUCCCGGCGACCGUUCGUCGCCGCGCCAGACCAAGUCUGGGAAGCGCUCAAGCAGGCGGCAACCUCCUCGCGAAGGUGGUUUUGUCUGCAACGAGCCGGGAUGCACUGAAGUAUUCAAUCGUCAGUGCGACCUCAACCGUCACCAAAAGACAUCCCACCGCAAUGAGCGGCCUCACGUGUGCCCGACUUGCGGCAAGGGCUUCAUGUACCCGAAGGACCUUCGCAGACACAAGCCUCAACACAGAGACCCUUUGUCCAUCAUGGACACCUUUCGCUGUGAACAUCCCGACUGCACCAACCUCGAUGGCUUCUCGCGCAAGGACAACCUCCAGAGGCACAAAAGAAGGCAGCACCCACAGCAAUAG